GUAUGUAUGGAACUGACCUCACUAGUAGUUCUGAGAAAAGUGAGAUUCGUGUUUUCUGUGACAAAGCAUUUUCCCGACUAAAGGGAUCUGACAGGAAUUUACCACAGAUUGUUAGAGUUCAAAGCCUACUUCAUAGAGGGAUUGGUGUCCAUCAUGCAGGGCUGCUUCCAAUUGUUAAGGAAGUAGUUGAGAUGCUUUUCUGCCGUGGUGUAAUCAAGGUUCUAUUUUCAACGGAGACAUUUGCAAUGGGGGUCAAUGCUCCAGCAAGAACGGUUGUUUUUGAUACUUUAAGGAAGUUUGAUGGCAAGGAAUUUAGACAAUUAUUGCCAGGAGAGUACACUCAAAUGGCAGGCCGUGCUGGCAGAAGAGGACUUGAUUCUAUUGGUACAGUGGUUGUUAUGUGUCGUGAUGAAAUCUUAGAAGAGAGUGAUUUGAAGCAUGUUAUGGUUGGAAGUCCAACUAGGCUUGAGUCUCAGUUUCGGCUGACCUAUAUCAUGAUUCUACAUCUUCUCCGUGUUGAAGAAUUGAAGGUGGAAGACAUGCUGAAAAGAAGUUUUGCUGAAUUCCAUGCUCAGAAGAAACUUCCCGAGCAACAACAACUUCUAAUGCGAAAGCUUGCUCAACCCACAAAAACUAUUGAAUGUAUAAAAGGUGAACCAGCUAUUGAGGAAUACUAUGAGAUGUACGCAGAUGCUGAGAAAUAUGACAGUGCGAUAUCUGAAAAAGUAAUGCAGUUACCUGCUGCCCAACAAUGUCUUACACCUGGAAGAGUGGUAGUUGUGAAAUCAACAUCGGCCCAGGACCACUUGCUUGGAGUCGUUGUGAAAGCAAUUUCUGCUAGUAACAAACAAUACAUUGUUUUAGUGCUGAAACCUAAUUUACCAGUAACAGCACAAAGUCCCCUGGCUAGCAUUAAUUCACAAGAUAAAAGAAAUGCAGAUUUCCCAGGAGGUUAUUAUAUGGCACCAAAAGCAAAACGUGCCCUUGAGGAAGACUAUUGUUCUUCUGUCACUUCUCGCAAAGGAUCUGGGGUUAUCAACAUAAAAUUACCUCACUGUGGUGCUGCUGCUGGGGUGAGUUAUGAGGUUCGAGGAAUUGAUGUUACAGGGUUUUUAUGCAUAUGCAAUUGCAAAAUAAGAAUUGACCAAGUUCGACUUCUUGAAGAUGGUAGUAGUGUUGCUUACUCCAAGACAGUUCAACAGCUAUUGGAACUGAAAUCUGAUGGAAAUAAGUACCCUCCAGCCCUAGAUCCAAAGAAAGAUCUAAAGUUGAAAGACGUGAAUCUUGUGGAAGCUUACAACAAGUGGACUGACCUGUUGGAAAAGAUGUCAAAGAAUAAGUGCCAUGGGUGUAUAAAAUUGGAAGAACACAUUAAACUAGCAAAAGAGAUAAAGAGACACAAAGAGGAAGUUAAUGCUCUAAAAUUUGAAAUGUCAGAUGAAGCACUUCAGCAGAUGCCAGACUUUCAGGGUCGAAUAGACGUUCUGAAGGAUAUUGGAUGUAUAGAUGCUGACCUUGUAGUUCAAAUAAAAGGCCGUGUUGCUUGUGAGAUGAACUCAGGGGAGGAGUUGAUUUGCACAGAGUGUUUAUUUGAGAAUCAGCUAGAUGAUCUGGAACCAGAAGAAGCGGUGGCAUUAAUGUCAGCCUUUGUGUUUCAGCAGAAGAAUACUUCUGAACCUUCUCUUACUCGCAAGCUGUCUCAGGCCAAAAAGAGAUUAUAUGACACAGCAAUAAGACUUGGGGAGCUUCAAGCCCAGUUCAAUGUACAGAUUAACCCUGAAGAGUAUGCCAGAGACAAUCUAAAGUUUGGUCUUGUUGAAGUGGUUUAUGAAUGGGCAAAGGGCACUCCAUUUGCAGAUAUCUGUGAACUUACAGAUGUUCCUGAAGGCCUGAUAGUGCGCACCAUUGUAAGACUGGAUGAGACAUGUCGUGAAUUUAAAAAUGCUGCAGCUAUUAUGGGUAAUUCAGCACUCUACAAGAAAAUGGAAAUUGCUUCCAAUGCAAUAAAGCGAGACAUUGUUUUCGCAGCUAGCUUGUACAUCACUGGAGUGUAACCAUAUCAUAAAUAUGGAAAUAUGGAAGGGGAUCUGGAGAAGCAAAGUAUGGUGCUCUUACAUGUGCAUUAAUCAAUGACCUGCUCAAUGUGCUCAAAUUCAGCAGAUUUUGUUGAUCUUUCAACCAUGUUAGUUUCUGAUAUGGAUAGUGCUAUAGAUUACCUAUCAAAAAAGUGUUAAGAGAUCUAUUAGAGCAACAGUCACUCAUUCUGUACUUUUAGUUCAGAAUGCUUACUUCAUCUUAAAAUUUCUGCCGCUUAUUAGUUAUUACAAUCUUGUUAAGAGCAUUCAUGUCAAUGUACAGUACUCCCAUUUGUGUCCUAUAGGUAUAUUUUGUUAGUAAUUUGUUUAUUUGUUUAUUUUGCUGACUUUGUUAGCUAAUUUAGUUGUUGCAAAAUUGACCCAACCUGUUAAUCCAGUGUACUGGAUAGCUGAUUGUUGUUCAUACUUCGUGGUAUAAAACUGAACAUUUGAUUCUUUUUUA